AUGUACUGUACCUGUAAUAUGUAUACCGUAGAACAAGAGAAUGUAUUAAAGUGUGGAGUAGACGAGAAAACAGAAACUAUAGAACUAGUAGGAACAGGGUUGUUAACGAUCGAAGAACAAUUUAAAGGGCAUGCAAGCCAAAAUAUAUUGCAACCGGUUACAUCAAUUCAAAAUUCAAAAUUAAUAGAUAUAAUACCGGAAACAAAAAUAAUUACGGAGGAACAAAAUUUAGAGCAGGAUGCUACGUUUAUUCGACCAUAA